UCCCCAAUCUCAGAUCAACGAAAACCGCUGAUUCGCCGAAAACCCUCCGUUUCACGACGUUCCCUUCGAUCACGGAGACGAGGAAGCACUGCACAGCUCCGUUCUAGUUUUCUCUGAAUUGAAUCUCGUCGGGAAAAUAGCCUGAAAAGUGAACGUAAUCGGAGGGUUUUGAUUUCCGGCAGGGAGCAUUGCGCUGUUUACUUUCCUAGCUCGAAUUGGUUGAGGAAUGACGGAUUAAGAAACUUGGAGGUAAAUUCGCAAGGGUUCGUCGCCGGCGGGGAGGGGAGGAAACCUAAUUUGUGAACUUCGUCUUUUUUUCUUCCUUGAGCGAAGAGGAAAAUCGCAGAGUGAAGCGGCGUUAGUGAAGUUUAAUUUUGGGGGGUUUUCACGCUUUGAACGUGUGGAACAGCCACCGGCACAGAAGGCGUAAGAAGAAGAUAGUAAUCGCAAUUGAUUUCUGCUAGAAUCGUGCGCUGUAGCUGUGCUUUGAUGAGUUAUAAAUUCCCGUCUUAAAUUGUGAUAUAGGUUUGUCCACACAACAUGGGGUACGAUUCGGAUAGCCCCUCGCAAGACGGGAGGGAUGAAGAUGAUGAAGAAGAAUAUGAGGAGUCUGGCAAGGGUAAUCGUUUUCUUGGGUUCAUGUUUGGAAAUGUUGAUAAUUCUGGUGAUCUCGAUGUUGAUUAUCUUGACGAGGAUGCAAAGGAGCAUCUUUCUGCAUUGGCUGACAAGCUGGGUCCAUCACUGACAGAUAUAGAUUUGUCAGGAAAAUCACCACAAACACCACCUGACGUUGUUGAACAAGAUUGUGGUGAAAAAGCUGAAGAUGCAGUUGAUUAUGAAGAUAUUGAUGAAGAGUAUGAUGGUCCAGAGACUGAAGCUGCCAAUGAAGAGGACUAUUUAUUGCCAAAAAAAGAAUUUUUCUCUGCUGAAGCCUCUCUUGAAGCUUUGGAGUCCAGACCUUCUGUCUUUGAUGAUGAAAAUUAUGAUGAAGAAUCUGAACAGGAACAAGACUUAGUGAAUAACGAUUCUAAAAUUGAUAACAUCUCUUUAGCUGGGGAGCCAGAAGAGAGCUUUCUGGAUGCACUUAAAGGGGAGAGCGCUCCCGAGCAUGAUUCACAAGUUGGCUCACUGCAGACUGAGGAAUUGGACUCUGAUGAACAAAAACUUGAGGAGGAAGGGCCUGAAGUUCUGAAAAGGUCUACGCCGCUGCCCGUUUUGUGUGUGGAAGAUGGGAUGGAAAUUUUACGCUUCUCUGAAAUCUUUGGUAUUUAUGAACCUUUAAGAAAGGGAGAAAAGAGAGAGCACCGGCAUUCCACUCCUAGAGAUAGAUAUAAGUCUUCAGAUUUAUCUGAUGAUAUUGUAGAAGAGGAUGAAGAGGAAUUUCUCAAGUGCUUUUCUCAGAAUCUCUCACUUACUAAACAGGAUUGUAUAGUCUGUAAUGAUGUAUCAGAAAGCAAUGAUGUUGACUUGGAAUUUCCGAAAUUCGGAUUUCUUCACAGGGAUGUCUCAAUGGCUGUGAAAGAUGAUCGACAAUCAAAGGAUUCUUAUCUUAGUGCUGAACCAAUGAAAGGGGAUUUUGUAGAUGAUCUUUCCAUGAAAGAUCAUCCUCUCACGUGGGCCAACUUUUAUCCUCUUGAUCAGCGAGACUGGGAGGAUGAUAUCCUUUGGGGCAAUUCUCCUGUUGCAAGUGACAAUAAUGUUGAGAGCUAUGAAAUUUCUGGGCCUGAGUUGGGAGUUUCUCUUGGCAGUGAAAUAGAAAUUGAAAGUGGGAUACAGAAUCUUCAGUUGGUGCCCCACAAGAUACUCGAGGACAAAGAUCAUAAUGUCUUCAUGUGCUGCUCUCCUGUCUCAUUGGAACCCUUUGGAUCAAGGGAUUCUUCUGGAGCUACAACCAAUUUGUUGUCCAAAAGUCUAUUUCAUCCCCAACUUUUGAGGCUACAAUCCAGAUCUGAAGUGGAUAGCUCUAGUCUUGCAGAUGGAGGGGGGGCGGAUAUGUCUGAGAAGCAUAAUCAAAGUGGUCAAGUAAAGCAUUUAACCAAGUUUAUGUCACAUAACAGAGACAUGAUGGAGGACUCCUGGUUAGACAAGAUAAUAUGGGAGGAGCUUGAUCGGCCUAAUGUGGAACCAAAGCUUAUCUUUGAUCUUCAGGAUGAUCAAAUGCACUUUGAAGUUUUGGAUAGCAAGGAUGGCACACAUCUUCGCCUUCAUGCUGGGGCUAUGAUUUUAACUCGUUCUUUAAAAUCAAGCAGUGGGGACUCUUCUGAGCUGCCAGGACAUGGGGGUCAAUAUGGGUGGCGACACGUUGCUAAUGACAAACACUAUUCAAACAGGAAAACCUCUCAGCAACUGAAAUCGAAUUCUAAAAAACGCUCAGCUCAUGGUGUCAAAGUUUUUCACUCACAGCCUGCACUGAAGUUGCAGACAAUGAAAUUGAAGUUGAGCAAUAAAGAUAUUGCAAAUUUUCAUCGGCCUAAAGCAUUAUGGUACCCCCAUGACAAUGAGGUGGCUGUCAAAGAACAAGGGAAAUUACCAACACAGGCACCCAUGAAAAUUAUUAUGAAGAGCUUGGGCGGCAAGGGGAGUAAACUGAAUGUUGAUGCUGAAGAAACUCUCUCUUCUGUUAAAGCUAAAGCUUCCAAAAAGCUAGAUUUCAAGGUAUCAGAAACAGUGAAAAUAUUUUAUUUAGGGAGGGAGCUUGAAGAUGACAAAUCCCUUGCUGCACAAAAUGUUAAACCAAACUCCUUGUUACAUCUUGCCCGUACGAAGAUACAAUUGUGGCCAAGGGCACAAAGGGUUCCUGGUGAGAAUAAAUCCUUGCGUCCUCCAGGGGCAUUUAAGAAAAAGUCUGAUCUGUCUGUGAAAGACGGACAUGUUUUUCUGAUGGAGUAUUGUGAGGAAAGGCCUUUACUUUUGAGCAAUGUAGGAAUGGGCGCAAGACUUUGUACAUACUAUCAAAAAUGUUCACCGGAUGACCAAUCUGGCUCCUUAUUACGGAACACAGAUAGCAGCUUGGGGCACAUUAUUUCUCUGGAUCCUGCUGAUAAAUCUCCUUUCCUUGGAGAUUUAAAACCUGGUUGCAGUCAAUCAUCACUUGAGACAAAUAUGUAUAGAGCACCCAUAUUUCCUCAUAAAGUUCCAUUAACUGACUACCUGCUGGUUCGUUCAUCAAAGGGAAAGCUGUCGUUGAGGCGCAUCGAUAAAGUUCAUGUUGUCGGGCAGCAGGAGCCUCUCAUGGAGGUAUUAUCACCUGGAAGUAAGAAUCUUCAGACUUACAUGAUGAACAGGCUACUGGUACACAUGUGCCGUGAAUUCCAAGCAGCAGAGAAGCGACAUUUGGCUCCACACAUCCGUAUUGAUGAAUUUUUGUCACAGUUUCCUUACCAAUCAGAAGCCUCAUUCCGUAAGAAAAUCAAGGAAUAUGCCAAUUUACAGAGGGGAACAAAUGGACAGUCAAUUUUGGUUAAAAAGCGAAAUUUCCGCAUGUGGUCGGAGGAUGAACUGAGAAAAAUGGUGACACCAGAGCUUGUUUGUGCCUAUGAGAGUAUGCAAGCUGGCCUCUACCGUCUAAAACAUUUAGGAAUAACUGAAACACAUCCUACUAAUAUUUCGUCUGCAAUGAGUCGGCUUCCUGAUGAAGCAAUAGCACUGGCUGCUGCAUCGCACAUUGAGAGGGAACUGCAAAUUACUCCUUGGAACUUGAGUAACAAUUUUGUUGCCUGUACAAGCCAGGGUAAGGAAAAUAUUGAACGAAUGGAAAUUACUGGUGUUGGUGAUCCAUCUGGUCGUGGAAUGGGUUUUAGCUAUGCUCGGGCACCUCCAAAGGCACCAGUGUCUAGUGCAACGGUGAAGAAGAAAGCUGCUGCUGGCAGGGGAGGUUCCACUGUUACUGGUACAGAUGCUGAUCUACGUAGAUUAAGCAUGGAGGCUGCAAGAGAGGUUCUUCUCAAGUUCAAUGUUCCUGAGGAAGUCAUUGCAAAACAAACCCGGUGGCAUCGCAUUGCUAUGAUACGCAAACUUUCAAGUGAGCAAGCUGCAUCUGGGGUUAAGGUUGAUCCAACAACUAUCAGCAAAUAUGCUCGGGGCCAGCGAAUGUCCUUUCUUCAGUUACAGCAGCAGACCCGAGAAAAGUGCCAGGAGAUUUGGGAUCGACAAGUUCAGAGUCUGUCAGCUGUAAAUGGUGAUGAAAAUGAUAGUGAUUCAGAAGGGAAUAGCGAUCUAGAUUCUUUUGCUGGAGAUCUGGAAAAUUUACUUGAUGCUGAGGAGUGUGAAGAGGGAGAAGAGGGUACCAAUGACUUAAAACGUGAUAAGGGAGAUGGUGUUAAGGGUCUUAAAAUGAGAAGACGCCCAACUUUGGCCCAGGCAGAGGAGGAAAUAGAAGAUGAAGCAGCUGAGGCCGCUGAAUUAUGCAGAUUGCUUAUGGAUGAUGAUGAAGCUGACAGGAAGAAAAAGAAGAAAGCUAGAGUUAUCGUGGAAGAAGCAAGACUGGUACCAAAGCUGCAAUCAAAAUUCAUCUUUGACAACACUGAACAAGUUAAGCAAAAAACAAAUACUUUGCAACUAGAUGGAACUAAUCAUUUGAAAGAGGAUGCAAUUACAGAUCUCAGGGAGGAGGAAAACUUCCCAUCUAAAAAAAGUAAAUCAGUGAAGGUCAAUAAAGCAAAGAAGAAUGAUAUCACACCUAUUAGUCUACCCAAUAAAAAAAUAAAAUUAAAUAUGGGAGAAGGAAUCAAGGUAUUUAAGGAGAAAAAACCAUCAAGGGAAACUUUUGUUUGUGGAGCAUGUGGCCAGCUUGGGCACAUGAGAACGAACAAGAACUGUCCAAAAUAUGGUGAAGAUCUAGAAGCACAACUUGAAUCUACAGAUAUAGAAAAAUCAUCUGGAAAAUCUAGCUUUUUGGAUCCCUCCGGUCAGUCCCUGAACAAAGCCCCCUCCAAAAAGUCAAUAUCAAAAAGCGCAACAAAAAUUGCUCCAGUUGACAAUUCAACAAAAAUUCCAGUGAAGUUCAAAUGCAGCUCAACUGAGAAAUCUUCCGAUAAACCUGCAAUGGAAACCCUGCAGAGUUCUGAGAAGCCAGUCACUUCUGAUUCAGAAACUGCUAAGGUUAAUAAGAUAAUUAUUCCCAACAAAGCGAAGCCAGAUGAUACGCAGGCUGAAUCUCGUAAGCAUGCUAUUGUUAUACGGCCUCCUACUGAUUCUGGUAGAGGUCAGAUUGAUUCUCCUAAGUUCCCAAUUAAAAUACGCCCGCCUUCAGAAACAGAUAGGGAGCAAAGUCAUAAGAAGAUUAUUAUAAAACGUGCGAAGGAGGUUAUUGAUCUGGAACUGGACAGUCCUGGUGGAAACACAGGAUUUGAACACAGGAAAACUAAAAGAAUUGUUGAAUUGUCGAAUUUUGAGAAGCACAGAAAGCAGGAGGCCAUGUAUUCAACUGAAGGUUUGGUAAACUGGAAAGCUAAAGAGGAUAGAAGAUGGUGGGAAGAGCAAGAGAAACGGAGAAAUGAAGCAAGACUCAGAGAAGACAGAACAAGGAGGCAUCACAAAGAAGAAAUCAGGAUGCUCAAAGAGCAAGAAAGGUUAGACGAGAUAAAAAGAUACGAAGAAGAUAUUAGAAGAGAGAGGGAGGAGGAAGAACGACAAAAAGCAAAGAAGAAAAAGAAGAAAAAAAAGCCUGAUUUAAGAGAUGAUUAUUUAGAUGACCUCAGAACAAGAAGAUAUGACAAGAGGAUUGUAGAAAGAGAACGGAGUGGAAAAAGGAGAUCUGUUGUUGAGUUAGGAAAGAUUGGUGCAGAUUAUAAUAUGCCACCAACAAAACGCCGAAGAGGGGGAGGGGGAGAGGUUGGUUUGGCAAAUAUCUUGGAGAGCAUUGUGGACGCCAUUGUUAAAGAUAGGUAUGAUCUGUCUUAUCUUUUCGUGAAACCGGUGUCAAAGAAGGAGGCUCCUGACUACCUGGAUAUCAUAGAGAGGCCUAUGGAUCUUUCCCGAAUCAGGGAAAGGGUACGGAAUAUGGAGUACAAGAGCCGAGAAGAUUUUAGACAUGAUAUCUGGCAGAUUACUUAUAAUGCCCAUAAAUAUAACGAUGGGCGAAAUCCGGGAAUUCCUCCGGUUGCAGAUAUGCUUUUGGAAUAUUGUGAUUAUUUAUUGAAUGAGAACGACGAUAGCCUCACUGCUGCUGAAGCUGGUAUUGAAACUCGUGAUUUCUAAGUGAUGUCAGAUUCAGAUCAUGAUCUGGAGGUUAGGUAGAUCUGUUCUAAAUGAUUUUGAUGUGUAGUGUAAGUUUUGGUUUAAAAAAGAAAGGAAAAUUCCUCCUGUAUUUUUAUUUUUAUUUUUAACGAUGUCAAAGAGGGGUUGCAAGUUGCACGUAAACAAGGUGAUAAAUUGAUAAUAUCACCAUAUAGCUCAUUAUUGGUGUCAAAGAAAAUGCCCCCUUUAAGCAUUC